AUGGCUUUCCUGAUGAAGAAGAAGAAAUUCAAGUUUCAGACAAGUUUCACUCUAGAAGAGCUGACUGCCGUCCCCUUUGUCAAUGGGGUUCUGUUCUGCAAAAUUAGACUGCUAGAUGGAGGAGACUUUGCUAGUUUAUCUACCAGAGAGGAAGUUCAGGAAAACUGUGUCCGCUGGAAAAAGAAAUUCACCUUUGUGUGUAAAAUGAGUGCCAACCCUGCCACAGGACUCCUGGACCCCUGCGUCUGCCGAGUGUCUGUCCGUAAGGAGCUGAAGGGCGGAAAAACCUACUCAAAGCUGGGCUUUGCUGAUCUAAAUCUGGCAGAAUUUGCGGGCUCUGGAUCCACUGUCCGUUGCUGCCUGCUGGAAGGAUAUGAUACUAAGAAUACCCGACAGGACAACUCCAUCCUAAAGGUCACGAUUGGAAUGUCCCUGCUCUCUGGGGACCCCUGCUUCAAAACGCCUCCUUCCACAGCCAAAUCCAUCACCAUCCCGGGGCAGGACUCUACUCUGCAGCUGACCUGCAAGGGUGAGGGAACCACCAGCAGCAGCAGUUCCUCCACAAUUGGCUCCCUGCGCCAGACCAAGCCAAGAACUGCCAUUCUCAGCUCAGGUGUCCCAGAAGAGUCGGAUCAGAACCUGUCCAGCCCAGAGGAAGUUUUCCACUCAGGGCACUCGCGGAACUCGAGCUACGCCAGCCAGCAGUCCAAGAUCUCUGGUUACAGCACGGAGCACUCCCGCUCCUCCAGCAUGUCGGACCUGACGCACCGCCGCAACACGUCCACCAGCAGCAGCGCGUCCGGGGGGCUCAGCAUGACCGUGGAGUAUCCUGAGGGGGAGCGGGAACACAAACUGGAGAAGCCACCUCGCCCCCCCAGACCACCCCUCCUGCUGGACAGACCCUCCCGGAGAAAAAAAGAUUCAAUGGAGAGUCACCCAACCCGAGUGGAUGACACCAGGAUCGAUGCUGAUGAUAUAGUGGAGAAAAUAAUGCAGAGUCAGGACUUCACAGAUGUCAGCAAUACUGAAGACAGUAACCUGAGGUUGUUUGUGAGCAGAGACGGAACAACUACACUGAGUGGUAUUCAGCUGGGAAACAGGGUCUCAUCUGGAGUUUACGAGCCAGUGGUGAUUGAAACCCACUAAAUGUGAAGAACAGGGUAGAGCUGCUGGACACAGGCCCCCUACCCAGUCUGCUGCCACAUGGAUGCCAACCUUUACCUCUCUUCAUGCAGCAUUCCAGAAGGGAUUUCUCCACACCCCUCCCCAUAUGUUUGCACUGCAGAACUACUCUGAGACCACUCCAGAACAUGCACUUUCCCCACACUGGCAUUGUCCUUCUCUGUUUCCUGGUCGUUCCAGUGCAUGCCUUUCCCCUGUUCCUGCUCAGACACAAGGUGUCUGUGGGCCUUAUCCUUGGGCUAGUCCCAGAGGAUGUUGCUCAUCUGCAUCCCUCAUUCUACCCAUUCACUUGCAGCAGGAGACUUCUCAGUUUGUCUCCCCAAAACAUUGGGUUAUACCACUGUGAACUCUUCAAACCACUGGGGGUGUGGGAGAGCAUUCUAACCAAAUGCAGAGCUGCUUGACAUGGCCACUUGCAGGAUGCUUUAUUCUGUUGACUCUGCAAGGGAACGUCACCUCCCAAGACAAUGGUUUUACUGAACAAGGUAUGAUGUGGUGUACACUUCACCUUCCUAUCCUCACAUCCCCAAACAACAUCUUCUCAUAGGACAUAUUUCCCAAAAGUGCAUUUCAGAAAACUACUGCAGGCCAGCUGGGAGUUGGUGAAUGGUUAAAUGUGAGUGCUCAUCACACCACUGACUGCAGCAGCCCUUCCACUGCUGGGCAUGGAACGGGGUGUUCAUCAGCUAGCAUUAGCAGGAGCACUUUAGAGGUUACAGAUUUUACCUGGAGGAGGCUUCUUCUCACUAUUCCAGGAGUAUAAUCUGUGUUUGCUAGACUGAUUCAGCAAAUAGUACUGUUGGAGUUUGGAAUACAAAGCCUCUUUAUUUUUAUUUCCUUCUUGUUUCAUUGGCUCAAGAAAGGAACUGCCCUUCUUGAACUGUGAAAAUAAUCUUGUCUGACAGCCCUUCCCUGGGCCAGAGCUGGAUGCAGUUGACUGCAGUGGUCUCUCUAUUGUGGUGGUGAUGUCGAUUGCCUCUCUUGGCCUGGGCCAGUAAGGGAUUUGGUUUUGCUU